UUGUUUCGGGCUCUCGUGCUAAACGGUACAACACGCUAUCGAUGCGAUACCAUCGACAAACAGUGUUCGCCACAAAAGCAAAGUUAACAACGAAUCGCAAACGAAUUACAACGGAUUGUUUUGACUUCCAAGUGGAUACAAUGUAAAUGCUAUUUAACGAAUGCUCCAAAUGAGUGCAAUAAGCAGAAAAACAUUCAAAAAAUUUCUGCACUAAAAACUGCAGCAUUAAUAUAUGUAUGCAUGCAUGUAUGUAUGUAUAUACUCAUAUGCACAUAUAUAUAACCAAAGUGGUGAAAAGGAAAGGUGAAAAAGAGACUUAAAUGUAUUCAAGUAAAUUAUAAAAAUCUAUAAAACAAAGCAAGAAAUCGAAAACCUUUCACUGACACCCAAACCGUAAAUAAAUAAAGCACACAUAUCUACGUUUUUAAAAAUAGACAAAAUUCAAAGCAACACCAACAAAUGUGCAUAUGCAUACAUUUAAAAUAAUAACAAUUCCAACAAUCAACAAAUACACUCAAAAAACUCUCCGAAUAACAGCGUGCCAACAAUAAUAACACCAACACUCUAACGAUCCAGGUGCAGUGACGACGACAACGUCCGAACUAAAGUGCUAUUUCAUUGCCCACAAACAACUCGCGCAACGACGGCAGUGUGCAGUAUUUGUGAACUGUUUUUGUUUUUCUUGCGAUUGCUAUUUAUUUCAUAUUAAAUCGGGUGCUGGUCGUUGGUACGCCUGCGCGUGUGCUAAUAACUAUGCCUGCCUACCCACCCCACUAAGCGCAUGGCCGCAUGAGUGUAACGCGUGUGUGUGAAUCGCGUUUUUGUUUGUGUUUUACGAGUUACAAAGCGCAAUGCGCAACGUGCAAAGUGUGGAAAUACGCGAGCGAGAAAAGUAAAACCAAGUAAACCCCAAAAAACGAAAAAAAAAAAUUAAUAAUAAAAAUACUCUUACCAUCCUUUGGACUGUGAACGCGGUCGUAGUAAAUCGGUAGCCGUUGUAUGUGCCUACGAGUGGUAUCCCAAAUCGAUAUUUGAAUCGCUAAGUGCAGCGAGUGUGCAAAAUGUAGCAAACUUUUCUUUUUAACGCCAACAUUUUAUAUGUACAGUUGAUGAGAAAACGAGUGCAGAGGCGCAGCAGCCUAGUAGACUCAGUGAAUCGCGACGGGCAGUUAGUUGUCACUCUCUAUAUAUCGUACAUUAUAUAGAUAUAUGUAUGUGUAUGUAGAGCUAAUAAAGCGCGAAAAGUGACCGACAAAGUACCCAACUAACCUACAUUCAAAUUUAGAUACAGACUCUCAGCCUCCGAUAUUACAUACUUGAAGCGCGCAUCGUCGUGCAACGGUUAGAAGAAGGCAAACAACAUAUGCACAUACGUAUAUGCAUGUAUGUAUGUAUGUAUAUUAGUGCAUCAAAUAAAAUAUAAAGCAAAAGUCUGGAACGCCUGCGGAGUAGACAAGAAUCUGCAAACUAGUUCGCUUGACAGAGGCAAAGGUGCUAAUGCUGACGUUCGCUACUAUUGCAAAUGUAUGUUUGUAUGUCUGCAUGCUUGUAUGUAUGUAAGUAGCAUAAGGUGUGACGCGUAUGCAGCCAUAGUAAAUUUUUAAAUCAACUGACCAAAAGGCUAUGCGCGUGAGAGCGGCGGUGAGCUGAUAGUGCGGUGGGAAACAAGUUUAGUGCCACUAAAAGUGCAGCUACGACAACGGACCGCAAACAAAAAGUGACCUACAAAUACAGGUUUUCGGUUGGAUAUUGUGUCGAACGACAACCAACAACCAACAACCAGCAACCAACAACCGACAGCCAGAGUCAGAACAACUGAGCAGCUAACAUAAACAUUAAUUCACACACAUACAGACACACAUUUACAAACAUAUACAUACACAUAUAAAUUUACGAGCAAUAAAGCAUUGCUACUAAAUACUAGCGGCUAGUACGACUAGACUUAGUAAGCUGCUACAACAACAACAACAGCAACAACUAGACUUAGGCGCAGCAAAGGAGACGACAACUAAGCAAAACCAGCUAUGGCAACGCCAACAGCACUUACGGCCACAAUACCACCAACUACUGCUACACCAACAAAAGUGAUGUCUGCAACGGUGCCGGCAAUGCCGUUGAAAAAAGCUGGACCGCCCGUUCCACCGAGGCCAUCGCAUGCAACAGCACACGCAGCAGCGGGUUUAUUGAAAACACAACGCAACGGCGAAUCAGUUAUGAAUGCUGCGGCAAUACAGAGUCGUAGUGCAACAACAACAACAACAGCAACAGCAAUCCCAUCACCAACAUCAACCAGUUCUGCUAUGCGUUCGUCUUUGAAUGGCCACGUGAGUGUUGAGCAGCACAACAAUUCACAACAUCCGAUCAUACAGAAGAAGCCAUCAUUGAGCUCAGUUGGAGCCGGAGCUGGCGGUCGUACAGUUAUCUACAAGUCACCCUCAAUGAGUGCACCCAAACGUCCGGAAACCGUAUCGUCCACUGCGGUUACUGCGCCUACUACAAGGUCGGCUACGAAUAUCGGUCUCAAGCCACCGUUGAAGCUACGCAAAGCCCCCGAUAUACCGACAAUGAAAAACAAAACAACAACCGUCCAAUGUGAUGUGAACACUGUGCUCGAGAAAGAUGGUGGUGUCGUCAUCAGCAAAGUGCCUGUUAGUAGUGUGACCGGCAAAAGUCCUCCGCCACCACCAGCAGCAGCAACAGCAACAAGCAGCUUAGUGAGUGCAAAAGCUGUGUCUAAUGCAAGUGACAAUGUUGUUAUCGUCCAAACCGCGUCAAGCGUCGUCAAUCUCAGUCGUCAUCACUCUAUGGGUAGCGGCUCGCCGAAAUCGCAGUCGCAGGCGUGCAAUCUCAAGGAUACACGUCUGAGCUUGGGUCGCGCGGAUUUCGAGCGUGUCGGCAAGAUACAGCUCGAUCAAUUACCCACUUCUGUGCAGCCAUUGCCACGUCCACGUAAAAUUGUUAAGGUACCUGUUGCCACAAUGGACUUGGAUGAUUCGUCCUCCGCAAAUGGUGCACAAUCGAACUCGUCGGGUGGCGGCAUUUUCCGUCGUUCGAAAACUACACUCGACAAUUUCACAUCACGUGCCAAUAUCACUACGAUCAAUACGGCAGGCGUGGCCAACACGUUUCUUGGCGGUCGAACAGCUGAGUUGAAGAAUAAUUUGAAGAAUGCGGCCGAACGUUUGUUCUCGGAAAUUAUAGUAAGUCAGCAGCGUCAUGGUCACGAGUCGCCUAUAAUCACGAAACACGAGCCUGCUCUGCAACAUCAGGCGCUGUUGGCACAGGAGUUGGCUGCGCAGCACCCCAAUGCGGGCGGCGCUUCGGUAACUGUCGUCACAACCGGUGAGACGGCUAACAAUUGCACGCGCAUAAAUAUUAAUACGAAUGAUAGCGCUCAGGCUUCGACGGUGGGUCAAGUAAAAAAUUUACUCCAAUCAACGAGCGAGAAAAAGACAGCUUUCCAUGAGAUACUCAUAUCCGAAUUGGCAGCAAUGCGUGGCAGAAGUAGUUCCAUGGAGAACCUGACUAGUGCAGAGACACCUAAAUCGAUUAAAAAAGCGCAGACGCCACUAAGUAGUCCAGUAUCCGAGCCGAUUACUAAGAUCACAACAGCAACGAACAUCAAUAACACAACAACAACAACGUCAGUAGCAACAACGAAAGUAUCAUCAAAUAAUAUAACAAAUAACUCCUCGAACAGUGGCCUCAUCAAAACCUACAAUAAUAAUGCACGCCAACGCCGCAAUUCAAUAGAGGAUCAAGAUCCCGACACGGAAGAUGUCGAUGCCGAUAAUGUGGAGGACACAGAAGAUGGCGAUGAAGACGAAUUGCAGAAGAAUAUUCGCAACACUACAUUGAAUGGUGUCGGUACACCUAGGAAGCGUUGUCCUUCUGGCUGCUCGUCGGACUCCUCGCCAUACGGCACUGAACGCUCGGCACGCAUACGCACUUCCGAUUGGAUUGAGGUGGGCGAUAAUGGUAAAGAAGUGACCAUGACUAGCUGUCACAUUAGUUUGGAGGAUUCGGGUUUGGAAGAUGAGGAACGUUUGGAUGAAAUGUCAUCGCUGGGCGUGGGCGAUUCCUGGGACAGUGUAAAGGAGGCAGAAAAUAUGAAACGGUGCCGCAGUGUGAAGAGGUGAGUGUUUGCUUUUUUGUAAUUUUUCUAAGAUUUUUAACAUAGUGGGCAGGGGGUAAUGCAGGCAAUGGCUUGCCAUUAUUCCAUUCGAGGGAUGAUUUCUAUAUUAAAAAUAUAUCACUUUGAUUUAACUACGAUUUAACUACCUCCGGAUUGUUAACCAUUUAGCCGGACGCAGUAGAUCCGGUUUUUGUGAACGUUAAUAAACUGGAAAGCAGUGGAAGUGGAUAACUUAGAAAAUUCCCGAAAAGGAACUUAAAGCUGUAGGGAAUUCAAAGACGAAUUCAAGUCAAAGUGAUUGCGAAGGAUCGUGACCGUUGGAAGCGUUUUGUAGAGGCUCUAUGAGCCAUCAAAAAGGACAGGAGUUAAGAGAGAACAUCUAGGCGUCACUUUUGAAAGACCCUUUAUAAAAUGUUAGCUGUUUAGCUGCAAAAUUCGCGGAUAGCCACUAAAAUUUUAUAUUCAAAACAUAUUUACUCUGAAAAGAAAAAUUAGAAUAUUGUACAACCUAACUUAACAGGGAUGCACCCUGUAUAAAGAAUGAUUUUUCACCAUCUGGGCGCCUAAGUGUUUUUAACCAAUAUUUUGCUUCCGGAGUGUGCAAGUCCUUCUUCUCUUAUGUCUGUUUUGCAAAGACUGGGUAAUCUUCUUCGCUUAGAAUCAUUUUCCAUCCUGUUUCCUGUUAAGGUUUUCUAUUUGUAUGCAAACAAAACGCGACUGUGUAGAUAAACGAAAAAUUGCAGAAGUGCUGAAAAUCUUUUUUUUUCGUUUUUAAAUUCGUAAGUCAACAAAUAGGACAACUGCUGGAACUGAUAUUUGAUUAGUUAAGGACGUGUUGUUUACGCUUCCUGUCAUAAUCGAUGACGAUGAUGAUGAGUGGUAAGAGGAAAAAGUGAACACGCGGAUGUUUACCGCAAGGCGAAUCACAUAAUUUUGUUCAUACAUACCUAUGUAUGUGUGUGUACCUGUAUACACACGAACGUAGUGGGGAUGCAUUUUUUAUGCCAGCUCUCGGCUUGCACUUACCAUUUUUCACAGAAUAGUCUGCCAGCCAGCCUGUAAUUAAGGUUGAUAAACUGUAACAGCAAUGAAGUCAACUUAUUUAUUAUUUACUUUUACAUAUUUUGAAACCCAAUGCACAGCGGGUUACGUGCUGCUCUUGCAUUUUGCUUGUGUUUGUAAACCCAAAAAACCAACAUUACCUUUUUGCUGUCCACAGGCGUUGGAUUGCUAUCUUUUGCGAUAAGAUGCCACCAAAAAAAGGUUUUUUAUUUUAUUUAUUUUAAAAUUUUUCGGUUUGUGUGUGUGUGUAUGUGUGGAAGGCUGCAAUGCGGCAACUGCAAGUCAAUUCGCUGGCAAGUGGCAGGUCGUACGUGUAGAUGCAGUUUGGUGGUGUCCCUGCAGUGUAGCGCCAAUUUCUGCAGCAAAGAUUCUAAAGUAGUUCAUGAAGCUCUGCUUAAUGGUAGGAGCCAUGCGCUAACUAGUUUCAAAGUGUCUUGAAUUGUACCACUUGCAAAAGUACCAUUUGUUUGUUGUUGUUACUGUCAAAAGUUCUUUAAAUAGCAAUGCUCAUCAUCAUUAGCACUACAGUUUUCUGCAGUCCAUUGCUUCUGCAACUACGCCUCGCCACUUCAAUCGACCCUCUGCUACGCCUUUCCAGUUUGUGAUUCGCAAUUUCCGCUAGUCAGCUGUGAGCUCAUCAAUUCGGUGUUUGUUAGUUGUGUUUAAUUACUUUAUUGGAAAGUGUUUUCAUUAAGUUUGAAAAUAAAUAAAAUUUUUAAUUACCAUACGUGUGCACAUUAGGGUGAGCCAAUUUUUUCUCGACGUCGUUCCUAUAAAAAAAGGAGGUAAGAAAAAAAGUCCACUACAGCGUAGCUCUAAGGUCAUUUUCGAGCCCUGAAAUUUUUAAAAAAGUUACCUUUGAUUACUACGAAGUCAGUCACAAAAUGGCUCCUCGUUAAAAAGGUCGCAUAGACCUAUCGGAUGCAAUAAAAAUAAAUCAAUAUAAAAAGAGAAAAAUCAAUACACUGAUAUGUAAAUAAACUGAAAUGUAUUAAAAAAAAUCGUCAAUAUAAGAAAAGUUUCAGGUUAAAAUCAGUUUAAAAUCCAAGUCAAAUUUAAAAGAUAAAAAACAAAAACAAAAAAAAUCGAAAGAAAUUUCAUUGAAACAUGAAAACGAAAUGCACUAAAAGUAAUAUCAAACCAGGGAUUAAAAAAAAAUUAACUCAAUCCAAAAAAAUAACACUGUAACGAAAAAUAAAGAAGUACCGUAGUAACGGUACAGAGAAGUACAGUUCCAAGUCAAAUUACGCCAAAAAUCAUUCCAAUAUUGUAAAAGUUUAAGUGGCUAAAUGUUGUGAGCACAAGUGUAUUUUUCUUUGUGCUUCUUUUCCCCGACUCUUUGAGAAUGGAUGACAGUUUUAAGAAGAACAAAUACUUUUUGAGCUUCUCUUAAAAUUUCGAAAUUGACAUUAGAGAUUUUUUUCUUAUAAUUUUAUAUAGAAUCCGAAUCUGGUAGGAACGAUGUUAAAAAAAUAGUUCCAUACAAGUUUACCCGCCCUAAUGUACAUAUAAUAUAUAAAUUUGAAUGCCCAUAUAGUCCGGGAGCCAGGGGUCGAUUUUGGACUGCGUUUUUAUACCAUUAAAUUCUUGACUUCUAUACUUGUGACUUAGCUUUCAUGAAUAACGAAAGUGAACGUCAGUUGGCGCACCCGCGGUGGGAGUGAUUGUGGGAGGGUACGAAACGUGUCGAAAAAAAAUUUCUACGAACUCAUUUUAUACCGGCUGAAAUUUUUUUCAUGUAUUGUUGACAUUUAGUAGAAUAAAAAAAAGUAGUCAGCUGCUCGGUGGAGGGAGGAAAACACGGUAUUAAAUGAGUUGUUACAAAUUUUUAUCGACACGUUUCGCAGCAUCCCACGCACGUACCCACCGCUACUGGACCAGCUGACAGUUGGUUUCGUCAUCCAUUGGAUUGCGUCUGCCUGCAGUAUUAAAAUCAGUGGGCAUGAAAUGAUGAGGUCAAAAUGACCCCUGGCUCCCGGACUAAUAAUCGAAAAAAAAAUUUGUGAUACUUUAUUAAAAAAAAAAAACAAAAAAAAAUCAUACGUAAUCUAAUUUGUAUUUCUUUUUGCAACUCAUCCCAAACUGGUGACUUUCGACACAAAUUGGACUAGUCCAUUUUUGUCUUUUUUAAAAUAGUUCGUUAAUAUAUAAUAUAAAGCUGAUAUAAUGCUGAUGCAGUGGCUGGCUAUUAGAAUUUCCUAAUACAUCGCCAUGUUAAAAAUACCCGUUGCUAGCAUUGAAAAGAGAUAAAAGAUGAACCACUUUAGCUGCAAAGCAAACUGGUAAGAAGGCAGUUCACAACUAAUAUGUUUAACUGCAGGGAUUUCAUAUCGCCCUUUACACAAAAAAAUAGUAGAAACUAAAAAAAAAAAUUAAAAAAAAAACACACACCCACCCACAUACUUAUAUUCUAUAGCUAUGAAAGAUAUAAAUUUUUUUAAUAUAAACUUACAUCUUAAAAAAACAGCAAGGAAUCUAAAAUGCUAGUAUGUACAUCUGCCUGGUGAGGGCAUGCACGCCAUGGGCGUCACUGACUUCUCGUUAAAAUUGUGAUUUACAAAUACCAGUGGAAUGAAAGUAAAUAUGCAGCUAAAAUAUUUAUGAUGCAGCGCCAAAUACUCGCAUACGAAGUGUAGGUGUUUUUAAAUGCGCAUCUACUGUAUUUUUCCAAUUGGCUAUUGUAUUCUAUUUGCGCAUUUUUCUUAGAUUGUUUGCUGCUUUUGUUGCUUCUGCUUACAGUUUAACCCGCUUCUAUGGCAGUGCAAUAACUCACGUUGGAAUGUUGUGAAUCAAUGGAUCGCAUUAUCUGUGCACUUCUGUGCGAAAAGUACUUGAAAUCGAGCAUUGCAGUGCUACUGCUGUGCAACUUUAGUCGCAAUCGGGCCAUUUUUAAGAGUUAGCACCAACUUUUUUCGUAAUUCGACUCAGCUCAAUUUAGUCCCUUUUUACAAUACAUGAGACUUUUGCUUUUCUCAACACGAAAUAAAAAUUUUAUAUUUAAAUUUUGCAAUGCCUUCUAAAAUACAUAUACCUCCACACAUAAAAUUGCAACGACAGCCCUUGAGGCCUUGAAAAUUAACAAACAUGUGAUAUAUGCACUUGUCCAUAUGUAUGUUGGAAUGCUUUUUAACAGAAGGUGUACACAGAUCCAUGCAUAUUUGUGUGUGUUGCAUUGUGAAAAGUUGCUGGCAGAAAAUAUAAUGAAACAAACAGCUGUGCGGCUCUCACACGUGCAUAUUUAUAUGGCAUAUUCCACGGCGAGGUCAUUAAAGCAAUUUAAAUCAUCGCAUAAAACUUUAAAUUCAAAUGAGUUAUAUUUAUUAUUUAGUCAAUAUUAAUCACUGUGUUGUGAGCGACUGAUCCUUAUGAUGAGUGUGACAACUUGUGUAGGUAGGCAAAAAAUAUUCAUUAUUAUUCUAUUAAACUAAUUUCUUUUUUUUUAAUAAUUGGAGUUUAUAUAUAUUAACAUACAAUACCACUUUGUUAAAAAAGUUCCCGGAAUAUAUUAGGAAAAAUCAUCAAAAGUGAUAUUCUUCUUCUUCUUGAUUGGCGCGAUAAUCAUGUAAGAGAUUUUGACCGAGUUUAACAAAGCGCGCUAAUCGUUUUUUCCUCGUACUAACCGGCGCCAGCUGGAAACAACCAUCAACUCCAAAUGUCAGCGCUUGAUCCAGCUCUUGAAACAUUUCUGGAACUAUAUUUUCGACUCUGACCGUUUUUGAUUUUUCCAUUACUUCCUUCGGCAGUUAAAACGCGUUCCCGCGUUCGCGUUGUUUUUUGGCUCGAUUAAACAAAAUAAAUAAACAAAUGCAGGGAGCCAUAACAGCUUAAUUCGAUGGCUUUUGGUUGGUAUUUGUUUCGUUUUUGGUCAACUGUGCGACGACGUGUUGUCAAGAUGCGAAAUUCAUGAGCUGUUUUCCACAAAAUCUUUCUUUUUUGGCGAAUUGCUUUAUGUAAAUGUCUCAUAAUGCCCCAAAUAACACCAUCGUCCAUCUUAACUGCCUGACUUUCUGGUGGUGUAGAAUACCAAUAUAAUCCAUAAACACGAGUAUCGCUUCCUUGUUUGACUGAAAUCGUCGUGGUUUUUUUAGUCUUGGUUCAUUCGAAGCUCUCCAAUCACUCGACUAAUGUCUGCACUGCGUGUCGUGUUCAUGAACCCACGUCUCGUGUCCAGUAGUGAUGCGUUUUAAGAAUGUUGGUUCGGAUUCAGCCUUGGAAAUCAUGUGUCUGGUGAUAUGAACGCUGUCUUUUUUUUGCGUGAAAUUCAGGUCCUUUGGGACCAACUUUACAGCAACACGGCGCAAAUUCAAACUAUUAACCAUAAUUUCCUUAACCAAUCCACAAGUAAUGUUAAAGUCCUCUACCAGCUCUCAAAUGGUUGAUUUCAGUUAUUGAUCAACUUGUUUUUUACUUUAUUCAUGUUUUCAUAAAUUUUCUAUGUCGACGACAUGCGACGAAGCUCGUUCGUCUCGAUGAACUAACGAUCUCUUCUGAAGCGUUUAUGCCACUAUAAAACGACGGCUUUCUUAAAGAGCAUUAUUACCGAAAAAAUUUCCUAACAUUCCUAAGGUUUUCGCACCAUUGGUCUGGCAACCUGACAAAAAAAAAAACAGAACUGAAAUCACUUGACUAAGAGCGUCACCUGAAGUUGUUCCGGGAACUUUUUGAUCAAGAUGUAUGCUAUCAUCCAUCAUAACUAAGCAAAGGGUAAUUAAAUUGUGGCGAUGUGGCCAUAAGUAAUGUCAUUUUUAACUUUUCUAAAAAGUUUCGUCACAUUCUUUCCCGGAAAUUCCAGUUCUGAUAUUCCUUGUCUGCAGCACGCUUUCAUUACCACUAUUCUCAUCUGGGAACUUCAACACAUUAUUAUUGGGUUGGGUUCUUGGACACGACGGAAAUUAAAUGGCGGACCAUCUAGCUAAGGAAGGGGGAAAAUACCCCUAAUUAGUCCUUAAUCUUUCUGCGGACUUGCAAAGGGCUACAUCAACGAGCUUUUCAAGAGGUGUGAGGAGAAGGAGUUCGUUGAACACUGGCAAAAUUCUAUCGGUCAUUUCAGAUUUUGAACUGGUUACUUUACAAGCCACAAAAAAAAUGGACACUGAAAAUUCAGAACACAUUCAUUGUAAAUGUCCUGCACUAGGCGGAAAACGGCUCAGCACCAUGGUGGUACUGCCGUGCCUCCAUAUAAACUACGGAACAGUAAACCCCAGAAUGUGUAUCGCAGACGAUACAAUAUGGAACGAUUAAUAAGCUUUACUAGAUCAUAUGGUACAUAAGUAUGUAUAGUGCAGAGAAGAAAGAUCCAGCGACUCCGUUUACUAGGACCUGUCAUCCGAAUGGAUACAGGAAGAGGAAGACCUCUUUUGGGUUGGAAAGAUCAGGUGGAGAUUUGGAGGACUUGACUUGGUGUGUCAAAAUGGCACCGGUUAGCACGAGAAAGAAACGGCCAAAGCCGCUUAAGCGGUUAUCACGCCAAUCUUGGAGAAGAAGAUUCUCACUAGAGAGGAGUCCGUAUUAAGAUACGUAAUCAGUAAUUCCGAAAACCCCAAAGUGGACAUUUUCGGCCGCACAAGCAACGAAACCAUUGACCUUUUACGGGAAAAGUUUCCGGACCGUGUUAUCUCUCGAAGAGGUGAUCACAAUUGGCCACCGAGAUCUUGUGAUUUAACACCUUGUGACUUUUUUCUUUGGGGCCACGUGAAACAGAAGGUCUACGCCAACAGCCCAGGGUCAAUUGAAGACCUCAAAGAUGGAAUUCGUGAGGCUAUUGAGGACAUAGGGCAGCCACUUUUCAAUUCGGUUAUGGAAAAUUUUAUGAAAAGGAUAUUGUCCUGUAAGCGUGGUCGCGGUGGUCAUUUAUCUGAUGUUAUUUUUCACUAUUAACGGCAUACCUUCCUCUUAUUGGAAAACCCUUUACAUCCACAAUUCAUAAAAAAGCAUUGAAAGCAAUAAAAUACUUUUCGUCAACUCAGUAAAUGCCGACCAGAAGUUCCCUCAUAAGCAAGAAGUUCACCCUACAUAAGUCAAGCUUUAAUACAAAUUUUUCGUUUGAUUUGAGCGGUUCUUAGUAUUGUUGCAAAAUUUUGACGCAUUCUUUAAAUAAGAAAUCCAAUUUUUUGUGCUCUUUGUUCAAACUUUUAAUAAUAAGAGAAUUGCACAAUCAAUCGUGGCAGGUAAUCGCCUUCAAGAAGCAGCUUUUCCAACACUGGGUAUGGAAGCUAUGAUAAAUAUUUACUCUUAUUUAUUUGUUCAUAUGUAUUAUAUACACUUCUAAUCACACAUAUACAGAUAUGUACAUAUAUUUGCACUUAGCGAAAAAUAAAUUCAAUCACUAGCUCAGUGACAUGAUUCUGGUAUGCAAGUGGCAAGUGGCAAGUGUCUCUAAGCCAGUGAGUCGCCCUCACUCUCGUUUAAUAUCUAUGAAUACUAGCAUGGCAAGAGACGUACAUAAGUCAUAUAUGUUAUUGUUUUUUAUAAAUAAAUGCAAAUUGAAAGGAAUUCACUCGAACCACGCUAACAACCAACACCAACAACACACAAGUGGAUAGUUAUUUCUUUGUUGACACCGUUCGCGGGCUGGUAAAGCUGCGCUUAUUGGACUACUUGUACGAGUAUACAAACAUGUGCAUUUCUACAGUUUUGUUCAUAUUAAAAGAGCUGGCAAUUUUUUUUUUUUAAUUUUUUAAAUAAUUAUGAAUUAAAAACGUUUACACUUGUCCGUUAAGCGCCUGAUAAUGGACAAAUUUGAAACUAUUUUAAAUUAUCGCGAUAGAACUGCUUUGAAUGGAGUUUGCCAACUUCAACCUUAAGCCCAGUUUACAUAGACGACCAUUUGAUUUUGAUACGCAAUAUUAAAUUUUUCAGCUUUUUAAAAUAGAAGUUUAUAGAGAUGGUCAGCAGAACUCUAGUCACUCUACCUAUCACUCCUAAACUUGGCAUUUUUAUCACGCAGAAGAAUUAUGGAAUGUAAGAUUACACAGAGUGAAGUGGAAAAAGAGCAUAGCUUUACCAUUAUGUAAUUCUAGAUCAGAUAUAGGGGAGAACUGAGAAGAGUGUUUCAAAAUAGUCAGAGAUAGAAACACACGUGAAAAGUUAGGUUAGGUAAAAUGUUAACAAAAAUGACAAUAGAAAAAAUAAUUGUUUGAAAACAUAACAAAAAUAAUAAUAAUAAAAAAUAAAUGUAAUAUAAAUUGAAUUAAAACUAGCACAUGAUCAAAACAAAAUAUUGACGUGAUAACGUCUUAUAAUUCGAUUUAACAGGCUGCACGCACGAACCCACGUUACCUUACUCAUAUUAGUGUUACCUUGCUCAUUAGUGUUACCUUGCUCAUAUUAGUGUUACCUUGCUCUUUAGUGUUACCUUGCUCUUUAGUGUUACCUUGCUCAUUAGUGUUACCUUGCUCAUUAG